GUGAAAUAAUUUCGCAGUCGUCUAGCCCUACCGCACUGCUUCGAACAAGGGAACGAAUGCUCUCGCAUGUGUCUGACGGUCUUACCGUACGCUUUUACUUGCAGAGAAAAGAAAAACGAAAAUAAAAAUAAAAGCCCUACUUUCGUCGAAGAUGUUUCAUUUCAAUCGCGCAGAGUCGCAUUACACAUUCUCUCUUCAUUUCCGAUACAUUUUUCCAACCAGAUACUAUUCGUUUUCCUCUGUUUACAGGUGCGCCCCCACAACAUAGGCUCCGUUUCUAUUUCUGAUGAUGUUUCCAGUUCCAUGUAUGCAUUUUUAUUAUUGGAUUUGGGAACUUGGCGGUAUAUGAAUCAUGAAAUUUGAGGACUGGUAGAAGCGACAUUAGUGUUCGUUGAUCUGGAUUUGGCAUCUAAGUUGUGGCUCUCCUUGACUGUGUGUUUAUAUAUGCAUUUGGCAUCUCAUUUGCGGCUAUCUUUGACUGCUUGUGGAAUUAGAGUUGAUAUGCCUCCAGCAUCUAGAUCUAUGUCCAAGGAUAAAAGGGCUGCUGCCAAAGAAGCUCCUAAGCCCCCACCGAAAUCUUCAGGCCAUGCAAAUGCUGGUGGUGGGAUCCCUACCAGUGGAUACAAUCCUCUUUCUGGAACAUUCCACACACUGGACUUAGCUCCCAUAUCUUCCAAUACUCUUGUCAAUGGUCGUUUCCGAAACAUAGAAGAGGCAGAUGCUAACUCAUCUGGAAAUGUUGCCGAGUAUGAUUCCAUUUCCAACAACGAAAGCUGGUCUGGGUGCGAGUCAGAGGACCAUGAUAAAGAGAAAAUCUCUCAUCCCCCUGCUCCAAGGCAAGAGACAAUAGUACCAUCGAUUGCCGAAAAUGAAAAGCGUGAAAAAACCCGUCAAAAGAAUGAGAAAAAACAUCAACGUCAAAAGGAAAGGCGGGCCCAAGAAUUGCAUGAAAAGUGCAGUGGCUUUCUCAUGUCAAGAAAGGUGGACACACUUGCUCAGCAACUCGUGGCGAUGGGCUUCUCUCAAGAACGAGCCACCAUAGCCCUUGUUCUGAAUGAAGGCAGGUUGGAAGAAUCCGUAGCAUGGCUAUUUGAAAGCGAAGAAGCACAUAAACGAAAUGAACAUAGAGUUGGUGGUGGUAAUAAUAGGAUCGAUAUAUCAGAAGAGCUUUCCCAUAUUGCUGAUUUAGAACUUAAAUACAAAUGUUCCAAGCAGGAGGUGGAAAGAACCGUGGUUGCUUGUGAAGGUGACCUUGAGAAGGCUGAAGAGACUUUGAGGGCACAAAAGCAGGAACCUUUUCUGGUCCCAUUAAAGCCAGAAGAGAACAGUUAUCCUCCUACAAUAAGAGUUCCAAUAGCUGCUGGUAGUCAUCAUCAGAAUCCAAUAAUGGCACCGGUCAAAGCCCCUCCACCCACUCCAAUUCAGCAGAAAACAGAUGAGAAGGACUUUCAUAAUGCAAAAGUCACCAUCACAGCAAGUUCUAUCGUAGAUCCGCAAUUAUUGAAGAGAGUUGGACCUAAAACAGAAUGGGCCAAGCCACCGCCAAAAUC